AUGUCUCCUGGUCUCACACUGUCCAGAGCGGGACUAAGCUCUGUGCUGCUGUGUCUCCUGGUCGCAGGGUGCCUGGCUGAGAUGGUCAGGUACCACACGUACGAGGAAGACGCCCCCGGUACAGUCAUUGGGGUGCUGUGGGACGAUUUGCAGUCCCGCUCUGGGGACAGACCCCUGGGCAGUUUCCGCCUGAUGGAGCCGUUCAGCAACAGCUCGCUGGUCCGGGUGCGGGAGGGGGACGGGCAGCUGAGCAUCGGCGAGGAAGGGAUCGACCGGGAGCGGCUGUGCGGCCAGUCCCUCCAGUGCGUCCUGGCUUUCGACGUGGUGAGCUUGUGGCAGGAGCAGUACCGGCUGGUGCACGUGGAGCUGGAGGUGCGGGACAUCAACGACAACGCGCCGCGCUUCCCCCAGGCGCACAUCCCGCUCGAGGUGUCCGAGAGCGCCGCGCCCGGCACCCGCCUGCCGCUGGAGAUCGCCGUGGACCCGGACGUGGGCUCCAACUCCAUCCAGAGCUUCCAGCUCUCGCGCAACAGCCACUUCGGCAUCGAGGCGCAGCCGCGGGCGGACGGCGGGAAAAGCGCCGAGCUGGUGCUGCUGCAGGAGCUGGACCGCGAGACCCAGGCCGCCUACACCCUGGAGCUGGUGGCCCAGGACGGCGGCAGCCCGGCCCGCUCGGGCACGGCCACGGUGAGCGUCCGGGUGCUGGACGCCAACGACAACAGCCCGGCCUUCCCGCAGGGCUCGGUCACGGUGGAGCUGGGCGAGGACGCGCCGCGGGGCUCCCUGCUGCUGGACCUGGACGCGGCCGAUCCCGACGAGGGGCCCAACGGGGAGAUCGUCUACGGCUUCGGCAGCCAGGUGCCGGCCGAGGCGCGGCAGCUCUUCCGGCUGGACCCGCUCUCGGGCCGCCUGACGCUGCAGGGGCCGGUGGAUUACGAGCGGCAGCGGACCUACGAGCUGGACGUGCAGGCGCAGGACCGGGGCGCCAGCCCCCUGGCGGCCACGUGCAAAGUCAUCGUGCGCCUGGCCGACGUGAACGACAACGCGCCGGGCAUCAGCAUCAGCCCCCUGAGCGGCGCCCCCGCCGGCGCCGGGGUGGCCUACGUCAGCGAGGCGGCGGCGCGCGACAGCUUCGUGGCGCUGGUCAGCACCUCGGACAGGGACUCGGGCCCCAACGGGCAGGUGCGCUGCGCCCUCUACGGGCACGAGCACUUCGCGCUGCAGCGCGCCUACGCCGACAGCUACGUGCUCGUCACCGCCGCGCCGCUGGACCGCGAGCGCAUCCCCGAGUACAACCUGACCCUGGUGGCCGAGGACCUGGGCUCGCCGCCCUUCAAGACCAUCCGGCAGUACACGGUGCGCGUGAGCGACGAGAACGACAACGCGCCGCUCUUCUCCAAGCCCGUCUACGAGGUGGCGGUGCUGGAGAACAACCCGCCGGGCGCCUACCUCGCCACCGUGGUGGCCCGGGACCCCGACCUGGGCCGCAACGGGAAGGUCCUUUACAGGCUGCUGGAGACGCAGAGCCCGGGCGGCGGCCCCCGGUCCGCGCUGGUCUCCGUGGAUCCCCACAGCGGGUCCGUCCGCGCCCGGCAGCCCCUGGAUUGCGAGGAGCUGCCGCUGGUGGAGGUGGAGAUCGAAGCCUGCGACGGGGGCGCCCCGCAGCUGUGCCAGCGGGCCCGCCUCAGGCUCCGGGUGGUGGAUCAGAACGAUAACGCCCCGGUCAUCACCUCCCCGCCGCUGGCCAACGGCUCCGCCGAGCUGCCGCUGCCCGUCAGCGCCCCCGCCGGGUACCUGAUCGCCCGCUUCGCGGCCAGCGACGCGGACCAAGGCGCGAACUCCGAGCUCUCCUACUCCCUCCUGGGCGGCGCCCACCCGCUGGUCGCCCUGAACCGGGACACCGGGGAGCUGGCCCUGCGGAGGAGGCUGCCCGGCGGGGCCUCGGAAGCGGCCUUGCCGCUUGUUGUCGCUGUCCACGACGGCGGGAGGCCGUCGCUGUCCUGCACAGCCGCCGUUCGGCUCAUUCCCACGGACACACUCCCCUCUAGCGUAGAGAUCGUGGUCGUACAGCCCUCGGCGGAGGAGCUGCAGCCCAGCCUGGACCUUUCCGUGGUCCUCAUCGCUGUGCUGGCCGGAGGCUGCGGCUUGCUGCUGAUCGCUAUCAUUGCCGUGGCCUCCACCUGCAGGAGGAGCAAGAGUCACUUCCAACCUGGGACCGAAGAGCAGGGGAGAGGCAAGGAAGCCAGGCUGCUGAAGGGCUCAGGCUCCCAGGCAGGGAGCUCCUGCCCGGGCCAGGCAGACUCCUGCCAGCUCUCUGUUACAGCCGAGUCUGAUAACCCCAGUGACACUUCCCAGGCCGAGGACAGCAGCAGAGAGUCCUUGUGUCAUUCUGCCCAAGAGAGGAAAGCCAGGAGCAGAGACUCCCAGGUAAGCAUACCCGAUUCCUUUUCAGAGGUUCUGCAAUGA